UAAAAUAAAAUAAUAAAACGCUGAAUCUUAAUGAUAUAGGUUACGGACUACACGCUAGUUGGGCAGUUAGUUGAAGCAGAAAUCAAAGGACUAGAAGAAUUGAAAAGGAAACUAAACGUAAAUUAUAUCUCCAUAUAAAAUCGGAUCGUGUAAAUUUUAUUUCCGUCCCGGAGGAUAUUAUUUCGGAAAUCUUCAGUCCUGUUGAUCGAAGUUCAACAUCAUAUAAUUUACAUUUAACCAACUGACUAAUCGACUGCCGUCACAAUGCCGGGUCGUACCAAACCAACAGCGCGAUCGGAAAAUGUCCCGUCAAAAAACCCAGUGGUAGUAAUGAAGGAUUCGACGCCGAAACAAGAUGAAACCAUCCCCGGUCGGUCUUGCAAAACGUGUGGAGGAGCCGAUACGGAUAUGGUUCAAUGCGACCAGUGUAACAAAUGGCAUCACUUCGCGUGCGUGGACGUAACUGCGGAUAUAGAACACCAAAGCUGGGUCUGUCCCAACUGUGUUGCCACAAAAGGGCUCCAGCAACAAAGUUCGAAUCCCGCCAAAAACUCUACGCUAGCCAAAAGUGAAGCAGGAUGCAGCAAGCAGAAACCUGCGAUCACCCCGAAUCAAUUGUUUACAGCAGUUCCAUCGCUCAAGCAAACUGAUGAGAUCUUGCCGUUCAAGACGAUGUCACUGAAAGAGGCCAAAGCCAGCAAGCAGUAUAGCAGAAAGGCAGUUUCGGAGCAACCACGGAGGGUAUCACCGGCUGCUGCUCAUGCUUCGACGAAUAAUGAUCUAGUAAAGUUGGAGCUUCUGAAGCUAGAAGAGGAACGUGCUCUUGAUCAAAUGGAAACUUCAAAGAGGCGUUCGUACGUGGACAAAAAAUAUAAUUUAUUACGACAGAUGACUCAGCCGUUUGAAGGAAGCCACCACGGAGGCAUGAGUUGUGUGGGAAGUUGGGUCUGCGACGUAAACCGUGUACAGCAGGAGGGAGCGAUGAGCAACGUAUUCAAUCCUCAGCAACAUUCGACGUGCAACCAAAGCCAAGUAGUCAAUGAAAACAACGAGAACCGAUCCAUACGACUGACACGAGAGACGCUGCGAUCCAGGGAAUGUUUAUCACAAAAUGAGGAGAGAAUUGAUUCGAGACCUAUGGAUCAAUAUAGGCGCAGUUCCGUAAUUCAAACUGAUCAUCCCAGUCAUCUAGAUCCGAUCGCGGAUAUUCCCCCUCACCAUAGCCAUGUUAUCAAUCCCUCCGAAGAUAGACACGCUCCCGUGAACUUCGACAGCAUGCCAUCGCAUCCUACCGUUGUCAACCAUCUCGAAGGUAGGCGCGUUCCAGUAAAUCUCGGUCCCUCCGCAUCGCUUACUCCCAUAGUACAAACACGUGAGGUGCUUUCGAAGGAACAUCUAGCUGCUCGCCAAGCCAUCCCGAGAGAUUUGCCUCUAUUCUCUGGCUGUCCCGAUGACUGGCCAAUUUUUCUAUCAACUUUCAAUAGUACUACGGAGAUGUACGGUUUCACUCAUGCUGAAAACGUGUUCAGACUGCAAAAGUGCUUAAAAGGCAGAGCCUACGAAGCGGUCAAAAGUCGACUGAUGCAUCCAUCAAACGUCCCGGGCAUAAUUGCCACCCUCAAAAUGCUGUUUGGCCAACCGGAGGCCAUUAUACAUUCGUUAAUGGCCAAGAUCAAUGCUUUACCAUCCCUGAGGGAGGACAAAUUGGAAACCAUUGUCGACUUCGCAGUAAGUGUCCAAAACUUCUGUGCCACCGUGGAUGCUUGUGGGCUAGAAGACCACCUUUACAACGUUGCACUCCUACAACAAUUGGUAGGUAAACUUCCUCCAUCAAUUAAGUUGGAUUGGGCCUACUAUCGUCAAUCGAUAUCCAGAGUCAACUUGGCGACUUUCGGAAACUGGUUGUAUUCUCUAGCCGAAGCGGCUAGUACCGUGACAACUCCAAUAUCCUUUGAACCAAAUAAAAUUAGAAAAGAAAGCCAUGGUUUCAGAAAAGGAAACGUCUUUCUCAACGCACAUACUGAAUCUCCAGACGGACCCUCUACAGCAAUAUCUAGUUAUCACUCCUCUGUGAAGAUGCCAUACGUGCCGAUAAACGAAUGUCCUGUAUGUAAAGGGGGCUGCAAGACGGCAGACAGAUGCAAGAGAUUUCAGGAGCUUUCCCGAGACGCAAGGUGGGCCGCUGUAAGAGAGUUUCAUUUAUGCCGCAAGUGCCUCCGCCAGCAUAAUGGAAAAUGCAAAUCAAAACCCUGCGGUAGAAAUGGAUGUACUCUAUUACAUCACGAGAUGCAAGUACAGCAAGCCACACCGUCACAGAGUGCUACUGCAAUUCAGCAACCAGGUACAAGUCAAUCAUACGGAUGUAAUACUCAUCGUUCAAUGCCAGGCGAUGCACUAUUCCGCUAUAUUCCCGUGAUUCUUCGCGGUCCCAGUAGAACAUUAAAGACAUUUGCCUUCUUUGAUGACGGUCCUGAAUUGACACUUCUCGACCAAGAACUAGCCGAUGCACUUCAACUUGGAGGAGAGGUUAGUCCACUGAGUCUACGUUGGACAGGCGGUAAUGAGCGCUUCGAGGGUACCUCUCAAAUCGUAAGCCUGGGAAUAACCGGGAUUCAGAAAGGCAACGAAGAAUUCCGUCUCCACAAGGUGAGAACGGUGAAGGAGCUGCUGCUUCCUUGUCAGUCACUCAAAAUGAACGAAUUAGCUGACCUCUACCCGCAUCUUCGACGCUUGCCAGUCGAUUCCUAUCAAAACGCUCAACCGCGUCUUCUUAUCGGCGUGAAGCAUGCCCAUCUCGGUUUGAUUUUAAAAUACAAAGAAGGUUUGAUGAACGAACCGGUAGCAGCAAAAACACGCUUAGGAUGGACCGUUUUCGGUGGAAGCUCAAAUGAAUCACAGAAUGUUGUGCAAUGCGCUUUUCACUCCCCGGGUUCGGAUGAAGACUUACAUGUUGCAAUGAAAAAUUUUUUCGCCUUGGAGGGUCUUGGAAUCGUAAAGCCAGACAACAUCCCACUAUCUUCAGAGGAACGUCGAACACAAACACUUCUAAAAACCCUUAUCAAGCUCAAAAACGGUCGUUACGAAUCGGGAUUACUCUGGCGCUACGACGAUAUUCGUUUGCCUGAUAGUCGAGAGAUGGCUCUCCGUCGGUUUUACUCCAUGGAAAAACGUAUGCAGAAAGACUCGGUCUUAGCGGAAACUCUUAACUGCAAAAUCAACGAAUAUCUUCAGAAAGGAUACAUCCGAAAGAUUUUACCACAGGAACUAUCUCGAACAUUUUCCAGGGUCUGGUACCUGCCAUUCUUUCCGGUUACAAACCCAAACAAACCCGAGAAGAUCAGGAUCGUUUGGGACGCCGCGGCCUCAGCCUACGGAAAGUCGUUAAAUUCCGCGCUCUUGAAAGGUCCGGAUCAAUUGUGCUCGCUGUACUCUAUCUUGCUUCAGUUCCGUGAAAACCGUAUCGGUCUAACAGGAGAUAUUAGGGAGAUUUCCACCAAGUGGAAAUUGUGGAAGCCGACCAGCAAUGCCAGCGAUUUUUUGGCGCAAUCCAGGAGGAGAUAUCGAGACGUACGUAAUGAAGGUUAUGACCUUCGGAGCAUGCUGUUCACCGAGCUGUGCGCAGUACGUUUAAAACGUCAAUGCAGAACGAUUUGUCAAGCAGUUUCCAGCCGCUGCGGACGUAAUCAUUAA